AUGGCAGACCCAUCUUCUGAGCCUACAUCUACCUUGGAUACAACUCGAAGAAAGCUAAUAACAUUCGUCUGCAUUUGCGCUUUUCAAACGGUGACAUUCCUCAACUUCAACCUUCCUUACAGCUUCCUGCCGCUAUACAACGAAGAGCGGAACAUAACCACUGCAUGGACUGGCGUUAUUCUGGGUGGUUCCCCCAUUGGCUUGAUAUUUGGCCCCAUAUUCCUCGCCACCUUCCUCUUGACCAAGUUUACUACACCUGUGGUGAUGUCUGUCUCUGCCGCCUGUCUUGGUGUCCUCACCAUGCUUUUCUCCCUUCUGGAUUUUGUUCAUGACUUGAAUGUUUUCAAGUUUCUAGCGGUGCUGGAUCGCUUCCUGAUUGGAAUGUUAGGCGGCUGUAUCAACACCAUCAUAUUUGCAGCUCUACUGGCCAUCUACCCUAAUAAAGUUGGUCUUGUUACAGCUAUUGGGGAGGCAGUGCUGAAUGGCGCGGUGGCUUUUGCUCCUUUCAUCGGGGCUGUGCUCUAUUCAUCUAGCGGAUUGAAAUUAGCCUUUAUUGUUCCUGGAGCUCUAGUGUUGGUAAGCGCAGUUCCUGCAUUAUUUUUCCCUAAUAUCAGCAACAAGGAUCACGAAAAUGAACAAGAAAAUGAAGAAGCGAACCUUGCUACUAAAAACUGGUCCUCAUUUCUAGAUCCUUGGCUAUUGUUCCCUCUUUGGCAUUUGACAUUUGGCCAGAUUCUCAUGACCUACCACAUGCCCCUGCUCUCAGUGUACGCAGAGCACAUGUUCGGGGCUGACGUGGUCUGGUCGGGAACAGUACAACUUGUCAGCACAGCUGUUGUCUGCAUUUCAUCCCCACUGUUAGGCAUGCUCAUUGACAAGUUCGGGCCCUGUAAAAUGAUGCUAGCCUCAUGUGUGAGCCUGCCAGUUGUGUAUGUCUGUGUGGGUCCCCUCCCACUCCUCUCCUUCAUCUCUCCUUCCAGAACACAACUCAUCACCUCCCUCGCUUUCCUCGGACUUGCUGUUCCCAUGGCCUGUAUCUCUGCACUCCCGGUCAUGUUUGACGUGUACCGCGCUAAAAACCAUGGUAAUCUCCCCACUUGGGUUGCUAACUUUUUGGUUUCCCUGUACUGUGCUGCCUUCCCUGUUGGCAUCUUCAUCGGGACAACUGUGUCAGGAUUCGUUGUUCCAUACGCU